AUGGAACCAUUCACCAACGCUGAGGAGAAGACAGACAGUGUUGAAGAAUUCAUCCUUUGCCAUUUACACUGCGCAGAUAUUUUAGGUCACCGAGUGCUGCAGGGUGCUUGUGUGGCGCGGAUGAGCACAGCUCGGCCUGCAGAAGUGGGGAAACUGGGCGAUGUGAGGAGCCUAGGAAGUAGGCUAGGGAUUACGUCAUUCAGUGGCUGGUGAUCUUUAUCAGUGUGGCGCAUUGAGCACUUGUGGCGCUCUAAUAGCUACCUAGGUUAACCUCGGAUAUUGCCAGAUUAGGAGGCGAACUUCACCGACGAAAGACGAAAUAUCCAGCAAAGGUAGGUGGGUCUGAAC